UAGAAUGUGUAUAGCAGUAAGUCCAGCAGGGGUCAGUGAUCUGCGCCGGUGAUAACUCAAUCAUUACUACAUACAUAGUCAAGAGUAGGGAAACAGUGCAGUAAUAAAGCUUGGGUAGGCUGUUAGUGCUUUGAGACCGAAGACGGAGUUUGUUUCGACCACGACCAAUAAGGUGAUGGCCAUGUACAGUGAAGGAUGUCCACAUCGUAUCGGGAAGAAAGUGUAUGAUUAAUUUACAUAAAGCAAAGCGAUAUCCUGCUGAUUUGCUGCAUUCUGUGUCCGACUGAAAAUCACCCGCCAGGUUCGGUAAAGCAGACAGCGGCAACAGACAUGCAACAGACAACGGAUAUUGAAGCAGACUUUCAACAAUUUUGACGAUCGGUGGAGUGUUAGCGGGAAGCUCUGCGGGCAAAUCGCGGCUCCCGCCCCCGGACUGUGUCUUUCAAGGUACUAGCCGGUGAGGAUCAGUUGUCGAGACAUGAUUAAAACACGGAACGUGUACCGAGAGCCAGCUCUGUUUUAUACCUGUAUUGGCAUUCAUGAGACUGUGACAGUUUAUGACACUGUGCGGUGUGGAGCCGAAUGCGUUCGCUUGCUGGACACAAUUUCAGUCUUUGAUUAAGCCAUCCAACUUUAUUGCUGACCAUUUUGGAUCAUGGAUGUCUGUUAUCACAUUUUACUCAAAUGGGACGAGAGCUUCCACUGACCAUGGACCAGAAAUAGCGACCAAGGCGACACCGUCACUUCAAGAAAGGUGUCUUCUUGAAGAAGAAGAAAUAAUCUCUGCAGUGAUAUUUGACUAUUCUGCGUUUCGAUGAGUCUGACCAGAACUCGCCGGUCGACCACGUUCUCGUCGACUCCGCUGCCGGAGAACUCUCACUCGUCUCCCCCGCCAUCUUCCCUGUCGUUCCGCGUCGUGCUGCUCGGCUCACCAGGCGUCGGCAAAACAGCUCUUAUGGUGCGGUAUGUAACGAGGCGUUUCAUUGGUGAAUACGAUCCUACACUAGAAUACCUGUGCAGAUAUCAUGCAGCCGUUGAUGGCGAAGACGUUGUCAUGGAAAUUUUAGACACUGCCGGUCACGACAAGCACGGCCACCGCAAUGCUUACGCCCUCUGGGGCGAUGCUUUCCUCUUCAUCUACUCCAUAUCAGACCGGCGAAGCUUCGAGGAAAUCUCGAACAUCAAACGAGAUGUGGAGAACGCCCUCAAGACCACGAGUUCCUUGCCCGUCAUCCUGGUGGCCAACAAGAAUGACCUACGUAAAGAAAUGAGAACCGUCACGGAGUCCGAGGGCAGGAAACUGGCCGAGGACCUGGGCUACCCGUACUGCGAAAUCUCGGCCAGGGACGGCAGGCAGAUCUGGAACGUGGCGGAACUCUUCCACAACGCCUUCAGGGAGUGGAAACACAAGAGGGCGGACGAGAAACACGAGAGGGCGCAACGCAAGGCCCACGGCGCCACCGCGCACGUCAAGCGGGCCAUGAACAAACUGAUGCGGGGACCGAGAAUGGGACGCACAACGUCACUCUGAGAAAAGUGGGAGUCAGUUGCCGGGUGGCUUUAGAGAAGGAUUAACGUACAAUACUCAAUUCGAGUUUGUAGU